UAGCAGUAGCAGUUUCCUUUCUGUACUCAGGCUGAUGACUGAUUAAGACUCACCCAGUUUCUCUACUCAGCUCUUCAACCGAAGUCCAAAAGAGGAAGCUCAAUUCACAGUUACAGACACAUGAAAAACGCAGGGUGGUAAAAGAGAGCAUCAGAGUCAGAUUUUGAAAUUUCAUUAAAUAUCAUGCAGCCCAAUAACAAUACAACUUGUGAUGCGGAAGUAACAAAACUGGCACCUUCUGUUCUCCCUCCUUUACUUAUUGUUGAGUUCCUGCUGGGCCUGCCAGGAAACCUGAUGGCAUUGUAUAUUUUCUGUCGCCACCUUCAGUCUUGGAAACCCAGUAUCCUGUUUCUCUUCAACCUGAUCCUAGCAGAUUUUUUCCUCUUGGUGAGCAUGCCAUUUCGAAUUGAUGCCUACCUGCACUCUGAAAUCUGGGCGUUUGGUGAUGCUUGGUGUCGGAUUAACCUCUUCAUGCUUGCAGUCAAUCGAGCUGCAAGCAUCAGCUUCAUGACUGUUGUGGCUGUGAAUCGAUAUUUUAAAAUUGUCCAUCCACAUAAUAAAAUCAACUACAUUAGCUUACGCCAAGCUGGAGGGAUCUCUUGUUUCAUCUGGGUGGUGGUGAUCUCCUUGCGGAUUCCUCUGCUGACUAAUGAACUUCUUAUAAAGAAGGACAAUGUUUCUUACUGUCGGAGCUUUAGCAAAAAAGACCUGCCAUUUGGUUUGAAACUACACUAUGGGCUAUAUGUUAUUGAGUUUUUCCUCCCUCUACUGAUACUACUCUUCUGCUCCAUUCGAAUUUCCUGCAUAUUAAAACAGCGGCAGAUGAACCGAGAUAAGAAGGUGCAACAGGCUAUUUACACCGUCCUAGUAAUUGUUGGGAUCUUCAUCUUUUGUUUCGGCCCUGGAGUUGUCAUAGGACUGAUUGCACUCUACAUGCAAAACCGACUGAACGUAUACUGUAAUGCUUACAAAAUAAUCAGUCAGUUGUUCGUCUUGUCCAUCGGGUUCACAUACGUAAACAGUGCCCUGGAUCCUGUCAUCUACUUAUUCUCCAGCUCCUUGUUCCGAAACGCAAUAAAAAAGUGUAUCAGCCAAAUUGGGCUGGGGCAGUUACAGCUAAGCCGCCGUGAUAGCUCAGUGAUUGGAAGUGAUUCCUAAGAAGGUGAUGGUUUCUGAUGGAAAACACAAAGUGCCAUAAGAUUUGAACUGAUAUUGUGUAAUUUGUUAAUUAUGCCUGAAUGUGACUUCUAUUAAUGCAACAGUAUAGUGACUAUUAAAAUACCUGGCAAUUUUUACAAAAAAAAUGUUGCCUGGUAUUUAAAACUUCACAACAAUUUACCUUCCAUAAGAGUAAUCCAGAUGGUUGUAGAUGGUUGUAGAUGGCUGUAUGGAAAUUUCAGUUUCAGCUUUAGUUUCUUUCUUUUUUUGUAAUGCUGAGUUUUAAUUGUAUGACAUAAAUGAAACAUUUGUAGCAUCUUA